UGUUCGAGUGUGUGCUGUAUAAAAUGUUGAUGAUUAAUGAAAAUGGCUGCUGAACUUUAGUAAAUAUGAUUUUUUUCAGUGAAUUGGUGAAUAUUCCUUACUUGUGGAGUAGUUCUUAGUGAUUCAUAUGAAUUUAAAGUGUAACGGAAACGUCUUCCUUGUAUUUGUAAUGUUAAGGACUAGGAAAUUCUACUAUUUGCUUAUUUCAUAGUAAAUACCACAAAAAUUAAAUUACCCAACCACCAUGGACAUAAUACAUGAUGAGGACCGAAAGAGGAGGCUACGCCUCCUUGAGGAAAAAAUUCAAGAUCCCAGGGGCAAAGGGAACAUUGACUCACUGCUGGACACGGUGCAGGCCCUGUACACCGAUUGUGAUCAUGCCACCAUUAAGAAGAUGAAGAAUGUAGAGGUCUAUUUGAACAGAUAUGAUGAGUUCGCCAGCGACAUCAUAAACCUGCGCAUGAAGACCGACGACUUCGAUAACAUAAAAGUGAUCGGUCGCGGCGCCUUCGGCAAAGUACAGCUGGUCCGACACAAGCACACCAAACAGGUGUACGCCAUGAAGCGAUUGAGCAAAGCCGACCUAAUCAAAAGGUCGGAUUCGGCCUUCUUCUGGGAGGAACGUCACAUCAUGGCGCACGCCAAAUCCGAGUGGAUCGUUCAGCUGCACUUCGCCUUUCAAGACGCCAAACAUCUCUACAUGGUCAUGGAUUACAUGCCCGGCGGCGACAUCGUCAAUCUGAUGUCCAACUACGACAUACCGGAGACCUGGGCCAAGUUCUACACCAUGGAGGUUGUGUUGGCGUUGGACGUCAUACAUUCGAUGGGUUUCGUGCACAGGGACGUGAAGCCGGACAACAUGUUGCUGGACAAGUACGGGCACUUGAAGCUGGCCGAUUUCGGUACGUGCAUGAGGAUGGACGAGGACGGGUUGGUUAGGUCCAACAAUGUGGUGGGCACUCCGGAUUACAUAUCGCCGGAGGUGCUGCAGAGCCACGGCAAGGGUAUAUACGGACGGGAGUGCGACUGGUGGUCCGUCGGUAUAUUCGUCUACGAGAUGUUGGUGGGUGAGACGCCCUUCUACGCCGACAGUCUCCUGGGUACUUACAACAAGAUCAUGUAUCACGAGAACAACCUGUCGUUCCCCGACGAGGUGGAAAUCUCCAACGAGGCCAAAUCCUUGAUACAAGGAUUACUAUGUGAUAGAACUAAACGCUUAGGAAGGAAUAGUGUAGAUGAAAUCAAGAACCAUCCAUUCUUCAUCAACAAUGAACAGUGGACGUUCGAGAAUCUACGCGACUCCGUACCGCCUGUAGUGCCUGAACUUAGUGGUGACGAUGACACCAGCAAUUUCGACGAUUACGAGAAGGACGAGAGUCCCGAGGAAGUUUUUCCAGUGCCAAAUAAUUUCGUAGGUAACCACUUACCCUUCAUAGGUUUUACGUACAACUCCGACUACAAACUACUUUCCGGCGAUUCCGUCGUGGACGGGAUGGUCUACAACAACAAAGAAUCAUUUGCUCAAGUGUCGAAACUAGAAACCCUGUUAGAGCAAGAGCGAGGCAAAGUGGAGGCGCUCGAAGGCAAACAACGAAUACUAAUUGCUCAAUUGGAUAAUCUUGCCCAAAAAGAACUGGAGGUACGGGACGAAGCGGCCAAGUACGAGAAAGAAAUUGCCAUUCUGAAACACACCUAUAAAGAAGUCCAAAGGAAGGCCGAAUGCGAGAGCGAACUGAGAAGGAACACCGAAAAGUACCUCUCUGAGCUUAAAAAACGCUAUGAGGACGAGCAGAGCAAACGCACCCGAGAAAUGAACAACAAUCACAAUGAAAAGAUCCACUUGCUGGAAAAACAAGUGAACGACAUGCAGGAGAAACUUAAAGUUGAAACUGAGAACUGCCAGAAGUUGAGGAAACAAGCCAACGAACUGACAAUGGCUAAAUCCAACUCCGAGUUGAAGGUCAACGAGUACUACGCCAAGAUUCAGUCGCUGCAGACGCAAAGGGACUCCCUCCAGGCGGAAGUGGAGUCGCUCCAGACGCAGCUGAUGGAGGAAAGGAACUCCAGGUCGCAGGCUUCCGACCAACAAAUGGUACUGGAGAACAAGAUCCAGUCGUUGAGCGCCGAAUUGGAGAGGAGUCAGCAGAGGGAGAACAAAAUUUCGGUCGACAACUCCCAGCUGACGGAACGGGUGUCGUUUUUGGAAAAGGAAUGUGCCGGCUUGGAUUUGGAACUCAAGACGGCGCAAACUUUGUACCAGCAAGAAGUGCGAGCCCAUGAGGAAACUGAGAAGAGCAGAAUGUUGAACAAGGAAGAAGCCAACAUGGAAGUUGUCAAAGCCUUACAAACCAAGUUGAACGAAGAGAAAAGUGCCAGACAGAAGGCAGACAUGAAUUCCCAAGAAAAGGAACGCCAAAUUUCCAUGCUCUCCGUCGACUACCGACAAAUCCAGCAACGUUUACAAAAACUUGAAGGCGAGUACCGUCAGGAAGUGGAGAAGGUGAAAGCCCUGCACGGUCAGAUAGAGCAGGAGCAACAGAAGAAGUCAAUUCUACAAUCUGAGAUGGCCCAACAAGCCAGCGAACUGGCUAAACUGAAGGUGAAAGAGACCACCAUAGCAGCCGAAUUGCAAACCAUCAGCGAGGCGAAGAAAAUCAUCGAGGAAGAAAUGCUGAAGACAAAACGGUCCUUACAAAUGGAGCAACUGCAGAUGAAGGAAUUGCAGGAUUCCCUCGAGGCCGAACAGUACUUCUCUACCUUGUACAAAACCCAAACCCACGAGCUAAAGGAAGAACUGGAGGAGACCAAAAAAAUCAACAGGGAAUUCGAGGAGGAGAGGGCGUCGCUGAAACACCAGUGUCAAUUGGCCGUUGCCCGAGCCGAUUCCGAAGCUUUAGCCCGCUCCAUUGCCGAAGAAACCGUUGCCGAACUAGAAAAGGAUAAAACAAUGAAGGAGUUGGAGCACAAGGAUCUAAUCACCAAACAUCGCAACGACCUGAACGCCAAAGAAGGUUUGCUGAACCAACUGCGCGACCGUGAACUCGAAUACAAGAAGGCGGCCGAGAAGAUCCAAAAGGAGUACGACGAAUUGUUCAAGCAGCACAGCAAGCUGCAAGACGAGUACCAAAAGAACAGCGGCAACCAACUGGAAAUCGAGAAGCUGAAGACCAAACUGAACACGGAACAGUUACUGAAGCAGCAAGCGGUCAACAAGCUGCACGAGAUCAUGAACAGGAAGGACGUGAACAACACCAAGGGCAAGUCGAAGAUAUCCAGCGCCGACCUCAGGCGAAAGGAAAAGGACCUCAAGAAGCUGCAACAGGAACUCAGUCAGGAGAGGGAGAAAUUCAAUACUAUUGUUUUGUCGUAUCAAAAGAAUAUUCAGGAGUUACAAUCGCAGUUCAAUGAUGAGCAAUCGACACGCCAAAGGUUGCAAAUGGAGCUGGACAGCAAGGACUCGGAGAUCGAACAACUGCACCAGCGCAUCCAGGCGAUGAACAGCGAGACGGCGUCACUGAGUUCCGCAGAUAACGAAGGUGAUGAAAUCAAUUCCGAGUCGAUUUUCGAGGGUUGGCUGUCGAUACCUUCGAAGCAGAACAUCAGGCGGCACGGCUGGAAGAAGCAGUACGUCGUGGUGUCCAGUCGGAAGAUCAUCUUUUACAAUUCGGAGAACGACAAGCUGAAUACAGAUCCUGUGAUAGUGUUAGAUUUGUGCAAAGUCUUCCAUGUGCGAUCGGUGACGCUGGGUGACGUGAUCCGGGCUGACCCCAAGGACAUACCAAGGAUCUUCCAGCUGCUGUACGCAGGGGAGGGCGAGAAUCGCAAGCCGGACGACCAGAACAACACUCUGGACGUCAGUUCGCUGAAGAGCUUCGAUGACAAGCCGAUGUCGGUGUCGCACAAAGGCCACGAACUGUUUAACAUCUCCUAUCACAUGCCCACCACCUGUGAGGUCUGUCCCAAACCCAUGUGGCACAUGUUCAAGCCCCCACCUGCCUAUGAAUGUAAACGGUGUCGAAUGAAAUUCCACAAAGAUCACAUCGAGAAGAACGACAACGUGCCGCCGUGCAAACUCCACUACGACCCGUCCUAUGCCAAAGAACUGCUGUUGCUUGCGCCGUCGCCGGAGGAGCAGAACAGCUGGGUGACGCGCCUCAGUCGCAAGAUCCAGAAGUGCGGCUUCAAGGCGAACAACUCAAAUGCCAUAGACUCAUCCGCCAAGAUUUCGCCCAGGGAGUCGACCCGUUCAAGUUUGAAGCCAUAUCUGAACGUUCAACAGCGUUCCGCCACAUUGCCCGCCAAUUCGUCGAUGGGCAGCAAAUGACUCUGAAUAUACGCCUGUUUCCUAACCCCCUUGUUUUCCCGCUGCACCCUAGCCGAUAACUAUGAAACGCUUUUUUCCUUCAUCACUAAUCAAAAUAACUUGUUACACGUUGUGAUAUUAUUGUAACAUUAACUGUUAUUGUGUUUUAAAACAAAUUAUAUAUUAAUCAGACACGGCGUCCACUGAUGGUGGUCAUGAUUGGUGGAAGAGAUACGAUCUGAUUGAUUGACAAAUGUGUAGGCACAGAAAGAAUUAAUAUUAACGAUGAUGAUCGCAAUUAAUAAAAUUAUUGGGGAGCUGGUGAAAUUAAAAUGUAAUUUUACCACACAAUUCAUCCAAUGGUUUAUGUAAUUGUGAAGAAGGAUGGUUUUUAUUGACUAUAUCAGAAGUAAACGUAAAAAUAUCCGACCUGUACCUGUCCAAAUUUGUUAAUGGGGUUAAACGCCGCUAAUUUUAUUGAUGUGAUAAUAUUAAUUCUUGCGACUCUCCUACAAAAACUCUGUUUUUUUUCUUUUGAAUUUUGUAUAUUAUGUAUUGUUAUAGAACUUAGUCAGUCUUAUUUUUAGAUUUGUACAUAUUUAUUUUAUGAAUUUAUUAACUUCAGUUUUCUGUUACUUACUUGUAGGUUGCUAUUAAAAAAUUUAACUCUGCGUUUAAAUUUACUAGGUGCUAAUUUUUCUGAAUAUUUCUCAGUUACAUUAUGUCAUAAAAAAGAAAACGAUUAUUUCAGUCGUGCAUUUGAAGAAUUCGUUACGUGAUAUGUUUUGCUCAAUAUUCACCUAGAUUCAAACUUAAUUUAUCUUUAGUAACUCCAUGUACUUCGUCGGUUUUUCAAAAUUGAUCUGAACUGGGAUAAGUUUUCUUUUUUAACAGGCUCAAGACAUUCCUAUAAAUGAAUACCGUUGUAUAUGCUUUGUUAAUUGUACAAAUCAAGUGUACAUCUAUUUAUUAUUUCUUCACGUAUGUAUUUUUUUGAUUAUAAAGCGUGCCUUAGCAGUAGUAAUUACUUUUGUAUUACUACAUGGACACCAAUAUAUUUUAGCGUUCUUGGUGAAUAUUUUAAUAAUAAGAUUUUUGCCUUAUGUAUACAAACUGGACACCAAAAUCGUUUACUUUAUAAUAAAUUCAUUUUAUUUAUUAA